AUGGCCAAUCUCGAGCGUACCUUCAUUGCCAUCAAGCCAGAUGGUGUGCAGCGCAGCCUGGUGGGCGAGAUCAUCAAGCGAUUCGAGCAGAAGGGGUUCCGUCUGGUGGCCAUGAAGUUCCUUCGAGCUUCUGGAGAACACCUGAAGCAGCAGCACUACAUUGACCUGAAAGACCGUCCUUUCUUCCUGGGGCUGGUGAAGUACAUGCCCUCAGGGCCUGCGGUGGCCAUGGUCUGGGAGGGGCUCAAUGUGGUGAAAACAGGCCGAGUGAUGCUGGGGGAGACCAAUCCAGCUGAUUCGAAACCAUGCACCUUUCGUGGGGAUUUCCGAGUUCAAGUUGGCAGGAACAUCAUCCACGGCGGUGAUUCAGUGGAGAGUGCCGAGAAACAGAUCGGUCUAUGGUUUAAGCCCGAAGAACUGAUUGACUAUAAGUCUUGUGCCCAUGACUGGGUGUACAAGUAG